UUCCACGUCUACGGCAGCCAUGAUCGAAUCGAAGUGUUGAUUUAAAAUCCUACAAAAACUUUAUUUAAACGAUACGACGUCACUUGUGUGCGACGGACCGAACACAACCCACGUGGCUGCUGGCGAACUACGAGAGCUGUGGUGUGCUUUGAGCUUCUUUAGCAAGAAUAGAAUUAUUAUUAUUUCCAUCAUGCGUCCGUUAACAGACGAAGAGACGAAAACGAUGUUUGAGAAACUUUCUAAAUACAUUGGAGAGAAUAUCAAACUUCUUAUUGAUCGGCCAGAUGGCACUUAUUGUUUCAGACUUCAUAAUGAUCGAGUGUAUUAUAUGAGUGAAAAAAUUCUGAAGUUGGCUACAAAUAUCUCCAGAGAUAAACUGGUGUCGGUUGGCACGUGUUUUGGAAAGUUCACGAAAACGCAGAAGUUCCGUCUGCAAAUCACAGCUCUCGAUUUCCUUGCACCGUAUGCUAAGUUUAAGGUGUGGGUGAAGCCUGGAUCAGAGCAGUCAUUCCUGUAUGGAAACCACGUCAUGAAGUCCGGCCUGGGGAGAAUCACAGAAAAUACAGCGCAGUACCAAGGAGUGGUGGUGUAUUCCAUGGCUGAUGUACCGCUGGGCUUUGGAGUGGCAGCGAAGACCACACAGGAGUGUCGGAAGGUCGACCCCAUGUCCAUCGUGGUUUUCCAUCAGGCUGAUAUCGGCGAGUACAUCAGAAGUGAAGACACACUCACAUGAGAGGGUAUAAUAUCUCCAGUGCUCAUGGACAGUUCAUUACAUUCUUUUGACUGGAUGUUCUUUAACACAAGUUUGACAGAUUUUCCAGACUUUAAAUUCAAAGCAGUUUUCAGUGUUUUUACAGUUAUAUGUUGUAUGUGACUAUUUUCAUGGACUAUUUCUACAUCAAGGAAAUACAUAAAAAAGUGCAACUUCAAGGUUUUGAAAUAACCAU